ACGUGUCUCGCGAGGUCUCGUCUCGUCUCGUUUCGUCUCGCUAUGAGGGACGCCGAGGGCCGCGCCGAGGAGGCUCUGGGCUCCGGGGAAGAGGCUCAAGAUAUCGCGUCGCAAGAUGGCCCGGACGAGUCGGACGUCGCUCGGUAGAGGAUCGCGAAUCGGUCCUCGGGUAACUCGGAUUACUUGGCCUAACGAGCCUCUUCCGCGCGUCCCUUCGACUCAUCUCGAGAAAAGAUGAACGUCCGCCGUCUUCCGGGCUUCAUGUACCAGUACAAGGUCCUAGCCGUGCUGCUCCUCUGCGCCCUCUUCCUCGUGGUCUACCUCCUCCUGCACUGGGGCAUCAUGUGCACCAACCUUGAGGCCUGGAGGCACGUGUCCAGCGUGUGCAGCACCCACAGGGAUGGCUCGGCAAUCGGGAUUCUGUGCGGCCCACUCUGUACGGAACGUGGAAUCCAUUCCCUGGCCUGCGAAAGUCUCCAUUCUGGGAAAGAAGCUGUCUUCUCGGCGCACUGGGAAGCCACCAGGCUCGUCUUCAAGGCCCCCAGGAUCAAGUCUCCGUCCGAUCGACUGGAGUCCCUCUAUCCGGUGGACGAACUCGGGAUGAGGCACUUCAUCUCCGAGGAGGACUUUGCCAGUGCCAUCAGGGACCUGGUGGUCAGCAGGAUGAACGCCACGAUUUCCACGAGACAGCUGCAGAGGUUAGCCAGGUUGAGGACCCAUCGCGUGGAGACGGACCCGUCCAGGCGUCGUUUGGAGAUGGAGAACGUGUGGCCUCUUCUUCAGAACAACGAGUACAUCAUAUCCAUUCUUUACGAAGACAGAGACGUGUUUCCUCAGCUGAUCGGGACUUGCGGGACGUUUUACGCCGUGGAGUACGUCAGACCCAUAGAGACCCCGACGACGGUCCUGGCGUUGUCGGACUCCAAGCCGGAAUGGGCCAAGAGGGUGAAACUGGCCGUGAUGAUCAUGGACCUGCUGGAGGAAUUGGAGAGCAACUUCCCCGAGCCGUUUCAUCUUUGCGAUGUCAAGAUUAAUCACUUCGGGCUGCCCCUGGGGGGUCAGAGACUCAAGUUCCUGGACCUGGACGCCGUCUUCCCGAGGAGCGUCGUUGGUAAAUUGAUCGCUGAUAAUAGGCACUGCGAGAAGCACCAAGACUGCGACUACUUCGACUGCCGGUCGCUCUGCUCCAAAAGGAAACGCUGCGAGUCUCCGGUGGUCAACAACAAUCUGCAAGUGAUAUGUGAGAAGAUCUUUCUGGGAUGGACCCUCUCGGGGACGAUCAUCAUCCCGGGGCUAUUGAUGUCGGAGCACACCACGAGUACGCUGGCCGUACUUUUGAGACAGUGCGCCAAUCCCGCUGGCGAUUCGACCCAAUUGCCCAGAGCUGCUGUCCCAGCCAGUCUUAAAAUGCGGCUCUACAAUAUAUUGAGCGAGAUGGAGCAAGAAUAUGCCUCGGAAGUUUAGCCACGUCCAUGCCUGCUGAUUGCGAAGUCCUUCGGGGCGAGUGCCCCGAAGUGACUUUUCGACAGCCGUCGAAAAUAAGACUUUAGAUGAAUUAGAUAGGGUUAGAUAAGAAUUCACUGCAUCGAUGCAACGCGAGUCAACCCGAAGGACGGGAUCGUCCCUGUUUAAGAAUCCUUGGUAGGUAGCAUUUAAAAUUGAGGACAUUAAAUCUACAUUUAGUGUUACCUUGGUAAUAACACAGCGAACGCACGCAAAUGUACCGUCACUAUUAAGAUUUUAUUUUUCACGAGUACUUUACUUGGAGGUGUUUCCGUUUUCUAGAUAUUUUUUAUAAAAACCAAUUUCUCGCUACAUUACCUCCUGCACAAGUCAGAUGAUAAUAAAUGCAAGAAACUGUUCGCCUGAGUAAA